AUGCACAUUCACCUUCCCCACUUCUCUUCCUCCAAAUCUUCCUCUAAAAAAUCAUCUAAAUCAUCUCUCACCCACCAGGUUCACGGCGUCAUGAAAAUCUUCCAUCAUGAGAAAGAAUCCGAGGCCCAUCAGAUAUUUCGUCAACAAGUCGGUCAUCAGCCCAAGGGCAUCCUAGGCCUUCCUCAGACUAUUAACCCUGAUGAAGAAACCGUGCCUGGUAUCGAGCACCCAGGCAGUACUGGCGUUAUUUACUGUUCCGAUCGCGCCAUAGCGAAUGGUUUCAGCUACGCUAAUUCGCACGAGUGGGCAAACUUGGGUCAGGGCGCUCCAGAGGUCGGCCCUAUCCCAAAUGCCCCACCCCGCCCAGAGAGCAUUCCCUUGCCUGUUGAUUCUUUGGAAUAUGCCCCCACAACGGGUGUUAAAGCCCUUCGUGAAGCAGUGGCGAAUCUCUACAACGACAAUUAUCGCAAAGGCAAAGCAAGCCAGUAUACAUUUGAAAACGUGUGUAUCGUGCCCGGUGGACGUGCGGGGCUCUCCCGUGUCGCUGCUGUCGUUGGGGAUGUGUAUUGCUCAUACCAAAUCCCAGACUAUACCGCCUAUGACCAGGUUCUAAGUGCAUUCAAACGACUCGUCCCUGUUCCUACUGCGCUGGAUCCCAAGAAUAAAUAUCGUCUUGAUAUCGAACAAACCAAGAAAGACAUCCGUACCCAAGGUCUUGCGGUUGUUAUUGCCUCGAACCCGAGGAACCCGACGGGGCAAGUUAUUGCUGGCAAAGAACUGAAAGAGCUCGUUUCACUCAGCCGGGAGAACACGACGAUCAUUCUUGAUGAGUUCUACUCCUGGUACAUCUACCCCGAAAACGACAAAGAUAUCGGAAAGAGCAUCUCCUCUGCCGAGUAUGUUGAGGAUGUAAACAGUGAUUCGGUAGUUAUCAUCGACGGGUUGACCAAGAACUGGCGUCUCCCAGGCUGGCGCAUCUGUUGGGUCAUCGGGCCUAAGAACCUCAUCACCGCACUCUCGCAAUCGGGUUCGUUCCUUGAUGGAGGUGCGAAUCAUCCCAUGCAGCUCGCGGCCCUUCCGCUCCUUGAGCCGGACCGUGUCAAGGUGGAGAAGAUGGCCCUUCAAAAACACUUCAAAGCCAAGCGGGACCACGUGCUGAAGCGCUUGCACGCGCUCCAUCUCGACGUAGACGUUCCUCCACAAGCGACGUUUUACAUCUGGCUGAACUUGGAGAAGCUACCCCCUCCGCUUAACAAUGGUUUGACCUUCUUUGAAGAGCUCCUGAAAGAGCAAACGAUCGUGAUCCCGGGCAUCUUCUUCGACAUCAACCCGGCGCACCGCAGGAAUCUGUUCAACAGCCCGUGUCAUCACUAUGUGCGGCUGUCGUUUGGACCGCCUAUCGACGAUUUGGACAAGGGUGGGUUUACUACUCGUCUCAAAGGUCUUUUCAUGCCUUCUCCAUCCUUUUUACUCGCAUCUUUCUGCAUACUGUAUUGUCCGGUGAUACUGACGUCAGCACGGCGCACAGGUAUCGACGCCAUCGGUCGGGUGGUCGCUGCUGCGAGACAGGGAGGCACGAGGAAGAUGGGACACAGCUAUAAGAAGAGCUUGGAGAGCAACCCUGGGGAGCAUAUCUGA